AUGGCCGGGAAUGACGUGCCUACGAUGGCUAACUCUGCGGCUACCUUUCCAGAAUACAUAGAUCCAAGCGCAUCAAGCGAUAUCUCCAAUAUGGCUUCCCCAGCCCCCACCCACAAGAUCCUCGACAGUGUCAAGGACCACCCGAGUCGCCACCCUUCUCCCCAGCCUAGCCACAUCAGCGUCCACCUGAAGAACAAUGAGAAUGGCCGGCGCGUCCUGCGCUCAGCAACAGUGGGAUAUGUCGCUCCCGAGUUCGCGGGAAGGGACGAGCAGAUGGCAGCUGUGAAGCAAAUCAUCAGCAAGGCUCAAUGGAUUCCCGAGUCCCUCAUCGACAACCAAAUCAACUGGUUCUACAACGAGCUGGGCAUCGACGAUGUCUACUUCCAGCUCGAGACCGCCCAGGUCAUCGCCAACCACAUUACCUCCCUCUAUGCUGCCAAGGUUGCGGCCAACUCUCGCGAGGACAAGAGGGAAGAGAUCCGUCUGGACAUGGAGGCCUCUGAUCAUGCCAUCUAUAUCGACACCAAUGUGCCCGGCAGGACCGCAAUGUCAGGUCCUCGCUACGAGACCAGACUCGAAGCCAAGUACUUGGACGGGGCCGACACCUCCAAGAGGUACCGCGUCGAGACCUUCCGGUCUCCGGGCGUCCUAGACGGCGCCAACGGCAAGGCGGCAUCCCUGCGCUGCUACUUCGUGUAUCAGUGCCAGUUCGCCGACCCCCAGGCCGACCCCAAGGAGACUCGCCUUCAAGUUAUUAGCGACCGCAUGUUCUUCGCAAAGGCGACCAAGAACACCAAGCAGAUUUACCAGGACAUCAUCGAUCUUGCUGUGACCAGGACAGGACCAGUCAUCGAGGUCUACAAUAUGGAAGACUCUCCUGAGAAGCGUCUCGUUGUUGCCUUCCGUGCCAGGACCGCGCGAGGCAUCUUCAGCUCUCUCAGUGACCUGUACCAUUACUAUGGUGUCACCAGCUCCAGGAAAUACGUGGAGCAGUUCUCCAACGGCAUUACUGUCAUGAGUAUCUAUCUGCGUCCCGCCACCAACCUUGAGGGCAACUUCCCUCCCCUGGAUGAAUCGAUCCACCAGAUUACCAAGGAGAUUUCCCUGCUCUACUGUGUCCCUCAGAACAAGCUGCAGCGUUUGUUCGCGUCUGGCGAGCUCAGUAUCCAAGAGUCUAUUUAUGGACACUGCGUGUGGGUAUUCGUGCAGCAUUUCCUGAACCGUCUGGGCUCGGAGUAUGCCUCGUUGUCCGAAGUGUUGGACCCUGACAACAACGUCCACGCAAUGCUUCUCUCCCGACUCAAGCGUCGUCUGCGUUCAGAGACCUUCACGCCGGAUUACAUUCUGGAGAUCAUCUCCUCUUACCCUCAGCUGGUGCGGGCGCUAUACGCAUCCUUUGCCAGCGUUCAUCUGCCCGUCGGUCCGGAGGAGAACGGACUCUCGAUUGCGCCAACCCCGCAAGUGGAGGUUCUCUCAGAUGCUAAGCUUAAGGAGCAAAUCACGAGGAUUGUCGACAACGAGCACGACGAGAUGGUCAUGACUGCUUUCCGUGUCUUCAACAACGCUGUCCUCAAGACCAACUAUUUCACCCCGACCAAGGUGGCCUUGAGCUUCCGCCUUGACCCUUCCUUCCUCCCAGAGUUUGAGUACCCGAGACGUCUCUACGGCAUGUUCCUUGUCAUCACAUCCGAGUCUCGUGGUUUCCACCUCCGCUUCAAGGACAUUGCUCGUGGCGGUAUCCGCAUUGUCAAGUCACGCAGCAAGGAGGCCUACUCCAUCAACGCACGGAAUCUCUUCGACGAGAACUACGGCCUGGCCAGCACGCAGCAGCGCAAGAACAAAGAUAUCCCUGAAGGCGGUUCCAAGGGCGUGAUCCUUCUUGACCCUAAGCAGCAAGAUAAGGCGACAGAGGCAUUCGAGAAGUACAUUGACAGUAUUCUCGAUCUGCUUCUGCCAGCUGAGACUCCCGGCAUCAAGAACCCCAUUGUUGAUCGCUACGGCAAAGAAGAGAUCCUCUUCAUGGGCCCUGAUGAGAACACCGCUGGUCUGGUGGACUGGGCGACCCACCAUGCUCGUGCCCGUGGUGCCCCGUGGUGGAAGUCUUUCUUCACUGGCAAAUCUCCCAAGCUUGGCGGCAUUCCCCAUGACGAGUACGGUAUGACGACCCUUUCCGUUCGCGAGUACGUCAAGGGCAUCUAUCGCAAGCUCGAGCUCGACCCUUCCACCGUCAGGAAGAUGCAGACCGGUGGUCCCGAUGGCGACCUCGGGAGCAACGAGAUCCUGCUAAGCAACGAAAAGUACACCGCUAUCGUCGAUGGUUCUGGUGUUCUCGUUGACCCCAAUGGCAUCGACAAGAACGAGUUGUACCGUCUAGCGAAGAGCCGUGUCAUGAUCUCUCAAUUCGACGUCUCCAAGCUGUCGAAGGAUGGCUUCCGCGUCCUCUGCGAAGACAGCAACCUUACUCUUCCCACGGGUGAGGUUGUGGCGAACGGCACAUCGUUCCGCAAUACCUACCAUCUGCGCGACAGCGGCUUGACGGAUGUGUUUGUUCCUUGUGGUGGUCGCCCCGAGUCUAUUGACCUCGUCUCUGUGAACAAGCUCAUCAAGGAUGGCAAGUCUGUCAUUCCUUACCUGGUUGAGGGUGCCAACCUAUUCAUUACCCAAGACGCGAAGCUCCGCCUCGAGAGCGCCGGCUGUAUCCUCUUCAAGGAUGCUUCCGCAAACAAGGGAGGUGUCACCUCCUCAUCUCUUGAGGUCCUUGCGUCGCUGUCCUUCGACGACGAAGCAUUCAUCACCCACAUGUGCCACGAUGCCAAUGGCAAUGUUCCCGAGUUCUAUCGGAAUUAUGUCAAGGCUGUGCAAGCCAAGAUUCAAGAGAAUGCCAUGCUUGAGUUUGAGGCCAUCUGGCGCGAGCAUGAGGAGACGGGCAUCCCUCGUUCUGUCCUGUCUGACAAGCUCUCUGUCGCCAUUACCGAUCUGGAUGAGCAACUCCAGCACUCGGACCUCUGGCACAACGAGUCCAUCCGCCGGAAUGUACUCGAGAGGGCUCUUCCAAAUUUGCUCGUGCAGAAGAUCUCGCUCGAUACUAUCAUCGAACGCGUCCCGGAUGCGUACCUCAGUGCCAUCUUUGGCAGUUACCUCGCCAGCCGCUUCGUCUAUGCCCACGGUUCAUCGCCGAGCCAAUUCGCGUUCUAUGAUUUUAUGUCGAAGCUAGUCAAGGAGAUGGAUGAGGAGAAGUCGAAGAAGGCGUGA